GCCGCGCCGGUACGUCAUAACGCGGCGCCAAGGGCGGGGCGAGGCCUGCGCGACGAAGGAGCGGCCGCGGCCUGCGCGGUCCAGCGGUGUCAUGAGCCAUGGAGCCGGGGCGCCAGACGCUGCCGCUGGAGAACGCCUCUAUCUUGUCCGAGGGCGCGCUGCAGGACGGGCACCGCCUCUGGAUCGGCAACCUCGACCCCAAGAUCACCGAAUACCACCUUCUCAAACUCCUUCAGAAGUUUGGCAAAGUAAAACAAUUUGACUUUCUCUUUCACAAGUCUGGUGCUCUGGAGGGGCAGCCAAGGGGUUACUGUUUUGUGAACUUUGAAACCAAGCAGGAAGCAGAGAAGGCGAUCCAGUGUCUCAAUGGGAAGCUGGCCCUUUCCAAGAAACUGGUGGUGCGAUGGGCACACGCACAAGUCAAGAGAUAUGAUCACAAUAAAAAUGAGAAGAUCCUUCCAAUUAGUCUGGAGCCAUCUUCCAGCACGGAGCCACCCCAGUCUAACCUAAGUGUCAGUGCAAAGAUAAAGGCCAUUGAAGCCAAGCUGAAAAUGAUGGCAGAAAACCCAGAUGCAGAAUACCCUGCAGCACCCGUUUAUUCUUACUUCAAACCACCAGAUAAGAAAAGGACUACUCCUUAUUCCAGAGCUGCCUGGAAAUCUAGAAGAUGAUGCUUAUGAAUGGAGAAUGGUAGCAAGAAACACUGCUUUGUACACCUGGAGUCCUCCAAUGCUUUUGUACUUUGUAGAGUGAGAAGGAUGCUGCCACCUGAGCAGAACGCUGCCGCAUGGAGCAUGGUGGUUUGUGACACCUUAGGUGGUCUGCUGAACACUCCUCUCUGCCAGUACAGCUCGCAGCUGAGCGCUGUUCAGAAAAGUAGGUUCCCUUCAAAGCCUCUGAUGAACACGCAGACAACCUCUCGUUAGUGUGCAUUCAUUAGCAAGAUUAGAAACAGUAACCAGUCUGUGGAGUAAAGCACAUCCAAAAAUACUCAAUUUAACUGAUUACUUUUUAAAGUAUUUUUGAACUAAAAGUAUUCAGAUUCCUGUUUUUAAUGGAGGGGAAGCACUUGGUUUUGAUUAACAUUCUGUAGUCACCAUGGAAAACUUUUUCAUGUCAAUAAAACUCAUUUUAAAUAGAUUUUGCAACACUUUUAGUAACUGUGCAUGCGAUGGUUUAUAUGCACCGAAGCAAACUUACUUUGCAUUUCCAUUUGCAAGCUUUAAAGCAUUACUUUGUGAUGUGAUAACCUUGAGAUGACGACACGGCACGGGUAUUUUUUGGUGUCAUUUAGGCUGUAGGUGUGUGCCUCUCUGUAGGAAUUAGUGUAUUUAUAUGCCACUGAGGUCUGGUGCCCUGAGGUCUCUGCCCUACGCUCCAGAGCGCAGCCGUGGCAUAUCUCGUGUUUGCGUUCCAUAAUCCCCUGCAGUGGCAGCUCCUCAGAAACCAGAUGUGACAGCGUGAGAAUAACACUGCAGCCUCUGAGGCAUCUGUCAAGCACAUGACCUCAGCAUUUGCCCACCAGCCAGUCCAACUUCUGGUUUUCACUGACUGGUAAAGGUGGUCAGUUGUCCCUUGGUGUGAAGUGUUUGUGGUUAAAUGGUUCUGCUGCAUGCUGAGGAUCAUCUGUGCAGGGUGCUUAGUUUACAGGUCUGAGGGGUAGCAUUUUGCUUAAAUGCUUUGAUCUGCAGCACAUUCUUCUCCCUAAACAUUUUCUGCAAAAUUGAAAUCUUAGGGAAAAGCCUUGUCUGGCAGCAGUCCUCCUGAGUGCACACAGUGCUGUGGCUGCAUGUGCAAGGGGGCUGUUGGAGAAUGUGUGUGCUCAGGGGCUG